AUGGACUUCGCUGAGAUCCUCUUCGCGUCGUUCAUCGUCGCGGUCGCGGUCGUGUCGCUGUCGUCCAACUUGCUGGUGCUGUUAUGUUUCGUGCACAGCACCGAGAUCCGCAGGCAGGUGCCCGGCAUAUUCACCAUGAACUUGUCCUUCUGCAACAUCCUCAUCACCAUCCUGAACAUGCCCACGACCUUGGCGGGCAUCGUCAGAAACCAGCAGCCGUACGGGGAUUGCCUGUGCCACACGGUGAGCGUCCUGGAGACCUUUCUGACCGCCAACACCAUGCUUAGCAUGGCGGCGCUGAGCAUAGACCGGUGGAUCGCGGUCGUCUUCCCGCUGAGUUACUCCACCAAGAUGCGCUACAAGGACGCGGUGAUCAUGGUGUGCUACUCCUGGCUGCACUCGCUCACUUUCUCCCUGACGGCGCUCCUCUUCUCCUGGGUCGACUACAGCCACGUCUACGCCUCCUGCACCUUGCACCUGAGCGAGGAGGGCGACCGGAUAAAGUUCACGGUCUUCACCGUCGUCUUCCACGCCACCAGUUUCGCGCUGUCGCUGCUGAUCCUGUGCUUCACCUACCUGAAGGUGCUGAGGGUCGCAAGGUUUCACUGCAAGAGGAUCGACAUUAUAACCAUGCAGACUCUUUUCCUGCUGGUCGACAUUCACCCGAGUGUGAAACAGAGAUGCUUGGCGGAGCAAAAGAGAAGGAAACAGAGAGCCACCAAAAAGAUCAGCAUCUUCAUCGGCUCCUUCAUCAUCUGCUUUGCUCCUUAUGUUAUUACGAGGCUGGCUGAGCUGCUUCCUUAUGUGGGCAUCAACCGUCACUGGGGAAUCAUCAGUAAGUGCCUGACAUACAGCAAGGCCGCGUCUGACCCCUUUGCCUACUCCCUACUGCGUCAGCAGUACAAGAAAGUACUGGUUACUGUGGUCAACAGGCUGCUACGCCGUGAGCUGUACCCCUCAUCUGGCCACAACAGCUCCUUAGACACGGAGAACGACUACUGUCUCCAGAGGAUCACUUAA